ACUUUUACCAAAAAUGUAAGUGUCUGUUCGUAUAAAGCGUGCUGCAGCGGGAAAGGACUGCCCACUGACCACGAGAAGUUCUUAAUACUUUCCUCAUUAAAAGGUAGAUUUCAGAAAAUGGCUUCGUGGGCUUACUUUGAUCCCGAGUAUGAGACGUUAAGCAUCAGAAUGAAUCCUCCGCAGGUUUCUGUCGACAACUCUAGUUGCAAAGACUGUACUUUAGUCAAGGUCGACAGCAUGAACAAGCCAGGAAUACUGCUCGAGGUUGUCCAAAUUCUUACUGACCUUGACCUUAUAAUUACUAAAGCCUACAUCUCCUCAGAUGGCGGGUGGUUUAUGGAUGUAUUUCAUGUCACCGAUCAACAAGGGCAGAAGGUAGCCGACAGCAGAACAAUUGAUCACAUUGAGAAGNAAGCCUUAGGACCCAAAGGAACCACAGCCGGUGUUCUGAAGGCCCUUCCCGGAAAACGGGUCGGAGCAAAACCCUCUGGCGAACACCGUCAAACAGCCAUCGAGCUCAUCGGCCGUGACCGGCCAGGCCUCCUCUCGGAAAUCUCGGCAGUGCUUGCCGGCCUUCACAUAAACGUUGUGGCAGCCGAGGUUUGGACUCACAAUCACCGAAUAGCCUGUGUACUCUACGUUGGUGACGAGGAUUCCAACCUAGCUGCGGCUGAGGAGCAGCUGCGCAACAUCUUGCGAGGGGCUGACGAUGACGUGGCGCGAACGAGCCUCUCUGUGGGGUCCACGCAUGUCGACAGGAGGCUACACCAGCUUUUCUUUGCUGUUAGGGAUUACGAAGGGGAUGAUGAUGAUGUGGAGAUGGACGCCACGCGGGGUUGCUUGGUUCGGCCGAAGGUGACGAUCGAGAGGUGCGCGGAGAAGGAUUACUCGGUGGUGACAGUGAGGUGCAAGGAUCGGUCAAAACUGAUGUUCGAUAUAGUUUGCACGCUUACGGAUAUGCAGUAUGUUGUUUUCCAUGCAACUAUCUCGUCUGACGGGCCCUACGCCUCACAGGAAUAUUACAUACGUCACAUGGACGGUUGUACUCUGGAGACAGAGGCAGAGAAAGAGAAGGUCAUCAAGUGCCUCGAGGCAGCAAUUAGACGCCGAGUGAGUGAGGGCUUAAGCCUGGAGCUUUGCGCAAAGGAUCGUGUGGGCCUCCUAUCAGAAGUCACGCGAAUUUUACGAGAAAACGGGCUUUCGGUUACGAGGGCAGAUGUCUCGACCGUUGGAGAACAAGCCAUGAAUGUUUUUUACGUGAGUGAUGCUUCUGGAAAGCCUGUGGAUUCAAAAACCAUUGAGAGUCUACGUAAGGAGAUAGGGCAGAGUAUGAGGCUCAACGUGAAAAAAGCCCCGACUGAUGCGAAAACGCUCGAGACGAGUGGAUGGGCGAAAACGAGCUUUUUCUUCGGAAGCCUACUGGAGAAGUUUAGGGCUUGAGCUUCAAUGGAGUUUAUGUGUUUUGUUUCCUGAUGUUUGUGCUCUGUGUAAAGGUUCAGUUUGUGUAUGUAGGUGAAUGUGUCAACUGGAAGUUGAACUGUACAAAUCAAGAAAGUGUGUUUAAUAAGUUGUAAUAACAAUGUUGAGCAAUUUUAUAGUUAUUUUUUUGAUCUUUUACAUGAUAACAUUAUUAGAAUAAGGAAUAAUAAGCUCACAUUUCAACCUUUUGUGAUCUGAUCUAAUUUAUGGAGAUGUUAAUUACA